UCUCGUUCUGUUUGGAUGCCGGUUGUAGGGCAACCUCAUCUGACGCGACCCAACCGCCAACCGAUCCGACGUUACCGAUCGCGUAAGAAACAGAAACGAAGACAUUGAAGGCUUGAACAUCUUGAGAAGACUCGUCGCCGGAAUCCUGAAAAGGAAGCUCAUUUCAUUCAAGGUUUCAUGUUGACGCGUGGUUUUGUGCUAGAAUUUACUUAAAUUCUGCGCGUCUUUUGAAAACAGUCGAUUCACUGCUUCUAACGUUAAAGACAAUAACUUAAUUGUUUCGUGCGAUCAUUGAUGUGACCUAAGGGAAGAUAAAUAGCCUUUUCGAUUUACAAGCACGGAACUUUUAAUCUUCCGCAUUUUUGAGACAAUCGGGCGCAUAAUAUACAAGUAAGUUGAAUCACUUGCUCCUAGCAAUCCUGUGUGAAUUCUUGUUACCGUUAUGAUCAUAAUCCGAACAUUAAAUAGCUAAUCGUUUUUAUUAUACUUUCUUCGCAAAUAAUACCAAUUCCACCUUAAAAUAAAGAUGAAUGAACUAGAGCAUUUUUCGCUGCGAUGGAACAAUUUCCAUUCUAAUAUGAGUUCCGGCUUCUGUGCAUUACUGCAGGAGGAUGCACUAGUCGAUGUUACACUUGCAGCUGAAGGUCGUGUAUUACAGGCCCACAAACUUGUUUUGUCUGUAUGUUCGCCUUAUUUUAAACAGAUAUUUGCGGCAAAUCCGUGCAAACAUCCAAUCGUCAUACUUAAGGAUGUUCACCACAAACAGUUAUCAGAUUUGCUGAAUUUUAUGUAUCAAGGAGAAGUAAAUGUAAGACAAGAAGAACUGGCUACUUUUCUUAAGACUGCAGAAUUGUUACAAAUUAAAGGACUAACUGAGCAAGAACCACAAUCGAGUCCAGCACAACCUCAUGGUUCUUUCAGAGAUGAGAGGCAAAUUUUGGCUUCCCAAAAACCUCAUCAUUAUCAGAAAUUUCGGCAGGGACCUGUUAGACGUAUUCGACAUACAGAAAAGCCUUCCCCAGUGGUCAGUGCUCCAGAUACUCGUUCGUCACCUGCACCCUCUCCUCCUCCUUCCAAAAGGAUAAGGCCUGCUCCAAGCCCCGCAGCUGUAAGUGAUGACAAUGACAAACAAGACGAUGCCAGGGAUACAACUGGGCAAGAGGAACCAGAGAAUGAUACUGGCAGAGUUCAAGUGAAAUCAGAACCUUCAUCUGAAUUUGACAAUCGGGCAUGCAGUAACGCACGUUCCCAAGAAGAUGGUGAAAAUGCUGUGGCAGGAAAAGAAGAAGGUGUUUUACGAAAUGCUGUGUCAUUUCAAUCAUUGCAAACUCCUCUCUCUCCUCGGGGAGGUCCACAUGAGACUGAUGAAAGUAUAUCUAAUAGAACACCACAGAGAUUACCUCCGGAUCUUAAUGCGUCAGCUGCUAGUAGUUCAGGCCUCUCCAUUACUCCAUCAGAGAACAGUGUUCCAGUACCAGAAAGCGAAGGCGAGCUGUACUACAUGACCAGCAAACGUGGCCGCCUUCACCUUCUGCAUGAUGGUCAUCGUUACUACUUACAUCGUCAAGGAGUUAGUGGGACUCGAUUCUGGCGUUGCCUUCGACAUCGUACAAGUGGGUGUCGUGCUUAUGUGAGUGUUGAGUAUGGUGCAAAAUCUGCCACAAAACGUGGAAAAGACCAUAACCAUACACCUCCGUAUGAACGUCUGGACCACAACUGGAUUCCGGUUCCUAUGAAAUUAUUGGCAGGAGGAAAUGUUGAUGAUACAACUUUUUUUGAACCAGUACAAGCAUUCUAUGGUGUUGGAUCAAAAGACAAUCCUGAAAGUGACAUGGAUUCUUUUGCUGAAGUUGAUUUCAUUCCAGAAGGCCAACUUCGCUACGUGUGGAGCAUUCGUGGCACACCCCAGCUUGUGUUAGAUGGCUACAUCUACAGCUUGAGUGAGGAUUUUGGCUUCAAAAAAUAUUGGAAAUGUACUGAGUACAUCAAAGCAGGUUGUCGUGGUUUCUGCAAAACGGAAGGAGAGAAAUCAGCUACAAUUACUAAACCUCACAACCAUGCUCGCUGCUUUGACAAGAUACGUGCCAAGGAAGAAAUUGCAAGGCGAAAACUUCUUACUCUUCGUCCCCUUGUUCCUCAAUAUGUACACAGCCGCAAAGGAGGAUUACAGCUGGUUCUUGAUGGCUUCUUAUAUACUGUGCAUCAGCAACAGGGACGCAACAAGUAUUGGCGUUGUGUUGAACGUGGAAAACUAGGGUGUCAGGGGUAUUGUAAGACUUUCAUGUUAGAAGAGGGGGAAGUUGUUCAAAGAUUACGUUCACAUAAUCAUGGUCGACAGGACGACAAAAUACGUGAACGAGUAAAUGCUACACGGCUUCGCCUACAGAUCCUUCAUUCGUUAUCUCAGCAGCAAAUGGGUAUUACAAAUCCAUAUCCAGCUCCCAGCCCAAAUGCAUCAUAGCCAAUGCAAUAAACCUCUCCUUUUUUAACAUUGUUUUAGUAGAUUCGGGAAAUCACUGUUCUGGUUGUUAUAACUCAUGUUAUAAUUUUAUCUGUAGCCUGAUAGAAACCAUGGUGUUAUUGCCAAAGCCUAUAUCCUUGCAGCGCCUGUGGACAUAUAUACAUUUAACUGUUAUGAGUUCUGAGUCUUUAAUAUUAAUCAUUGACUCUUAUUCAAUUUCACCUGUUUAAUAAUUUAAAAUAGUAUUCUGUGUUGCUGCAUAUAUGUCUUUGUUGCAUUAUUUCAGGAUUUCAAAACACAUAUGUACUGUUAAUUUAGUGUGUGUUUCAAAGAAAACUAAUUUGAAGAAGAAUCCUUACUGGACAUACACUCUGUCACUUAAAAAGACGUUAGAGGCAUAUAAUCAGUAGCACAGUGUAUUUAUUAUUAGGGCAUCUGGUUUAACUGUGAACACAGUAUAAUUCUGAUACAUCUCACACAAAUGUAAGGUGUUUCCUGGAAUAUAAUUUACUUAUUUUAAUUUAUAUAUAAUGGAAUUAUAGUGUCAGGGUAAAAAAGUUGUUACAUUUUUAUGUUUUGUAGGUUUGUACGUCUAUUUGCAAGUAUUGUGGAAGGGUAAAUACUUGCAUUAUUCAUGCAGCUAUUAAGAGGCACUGUUAGAAGGGAAGUAGGCAGUGUCAUCUUUGAAAUUGACUGCAAUAUUUGUAGGUCUCUGUACUUCCCUGUGAUUAUUAUUUUCAUUAAAGAGAGAAUGGAACUAU